GCUUGAUAAUGGAUACAUGCAAAUGUCUUUAUCGGAUCAUAUUUUCGCUGUGUUUUCUAUUAUCUGCCUCCAACCCAAAGAAAGUUCUACACGAUCGCCAAAUUCAAGUCCGCUCGUUGGCUUGGUGUGGUGUUUGUCUACUGUCGUUCUGGAUUAUUUAUAUACAGGUGUCCUCAUCUCUUAUUUGACCAUUCCAAAGAUGCAACCCAUCGUUGAGACGACUGAAGAAUUAGCCGCAUCCACCAGACUUCAUGUGGUUGCCAUUAAAAAUUCUAUUUUUGAAUCUACUCUUCUGCAAAGCACUUCGGGGCCAUUGCAUUCUUUGGGAAAUCAGCUUCGUCAGCACCCCGAAAACAGUUUGCCCGGUGACUAUUAUAACCUAAACAAACUUUUGGAAACAGCCUUGCUAGGAAAAUUCGGGAUCAUUCUGCAUGCUGAGCAAAUCUCAGGCGGAGUCGUUGAUUAA